AUGAGCAACGAAACAACUGACGAACAACGUGCUUUGUCCACCAUUCCGUACCAUGAACUGGGAGCAGUGCAUCCAGAUGCCAGUGUUGUCGGACCAACGGAAAGGUAUUACAAAUGUGGUGGUGAAAAGGCUGCUGAUCUCAUGGCAAUGUGUAUUGGUCUUAAGACUUUUGACUUACGUGAGGCAGGGAAUGUCGAUGUGGAGCCAUACUGCUCAAUGAAGUUGAAGAAGAAGGUAACACCAACACAGAAACACUUCUGUGAGGAGAUACGUCGCCGAUGCAUCCUUGAAGGCCUUGUUCCUGGACCAAAAUGUGGAAACUGGGAAAAGAAGAAGUGUGUUGCUUGGCUUCAGGCACAUCCCCUUGAUAACAAGAACGAUCGUGCCUUUGUUAUUGCCGAAGAGCGCAAACUCUUUGAUAUGGUGACGAAGUCUGACUUGGAGAAAGAGGAUAAGAGUGAAAAGAAAGAGAAGGCUUCUCCCUGGGUUGAUACUCAGCCAUACAUACGUCUCAUUGAGUGUAUGUUGGACGAUUCCAUCCGCGAAUCCUUCCUUGAGAUGCACAGGUUGGGUGACAGAGAGGAGUUAGAUGCACGCAACUCAGAAGACAGGCCAGAAACAGUUUUCGAGUCUUGCGCACGUUUGUUCAAUGAUCCAAACCAUGAGGUUUUCUCACGCUGCUUACCUGAUCUCCACUUCACCUUUGCUGAAGUUUUGGAUUGUUGCUUUGAUCACAUGCCAGGACGUAUUACUCCAGAUGAGGUCAAGCGCCGCUGGGGUGACUGUCGAGCCAAGCUGAUCAAAAUAAUCGCAAAAUGGGAACUCAGUGGCAAUGGUUUCGGCCAGCGUGUCGAGGAAGAUGAUGAAUUCGGCCAUAUGGGAGACGAUGAGUUGCAGUGUGGUGAAAACAGGGCAAAUUUCCUUGACUCCAAGACCAAGGAACACAUCCUGUACUUGUGGCAUGUUUCCGAUGAUCAGGAAAUUCUGAAGAACGUCUUGUCUGUUAUCUCUGAGUCUUGUGCCGCAAGUACAUUGGCCUGUUCUUCCGUUGCUCCCUCGGAUAAUGCAAGUGCCCGCAAGAGGAAGGUUGACGAAAGAGCCCUUGGUUUCUUCCGUGCCAAGAUGAGUCUUGCCAUGCACACUAUGUCUCGUGCCGCCAUCUGGAAGGAACUUCGCGAGACACAAGAAAAGCUGUUCGAGUCUCAGUUGAAAGUGAUGAAGACGAAGAGCACAAACUUGAGCGAGCUGUACAUGGGACGCAUUCGUAUGUUGGAAGCUAACUGCACCGCCAUUCAGGAAUGCCUUGAUACCUUGGAUUGCGAAGAGGCCUUGAACCCAAGGAAGAAGAAAAAGAAGAGGAAGAAUGUCCCCACCCAAGUCCGUGUGGCUGCAGGAGUUCUCGACAGUGAUGACAGUGACGACAGCGAUGAUGAGGACGAUGAUGAAGAUGAUGCCAAUGAUCCUGCUGGGUCGAAAGCAGCGUCCAUCGGAUAUUGA